CGUAGCCGCGAGCCCGCAGAAAAAGAGCUCUUUUACAGUUCGGGCAUGAAGCCACCGCAGCGACGGCGGAAGGUCCCAGCCCGCUACGUAGGUGAGGUUACCGGCCCCACAGCGUGGAGUCCCCGCGAGAUGCGGCAUCUGCUGAAACUCCUUGAGGCUCGGCGGGGCGAGCCGGAGCCUGACGCCGCGGAGCUUGCCAAGGAGCUGCGAGGCCGCAGUGAGACCGAGAUCUGCCGAUUUAUCCAGCAGCUCAAAGGCCGUGUGGUUCGAGAGGCCAUUAGGAAGGUGCAUCCAAGUAGCAGAGAAGAUCCAAAGCGUCACGAAGCACGGCUUCCAGCCCCCAUUGAGGUAUGGAUGGAUCUUGCUGAGAAACUUACAGGCCCACUGGAGGAAGCCCUGACUGCAGCCUUCUCCCAGGUGCUCACCAUCGCUGCUGCAGAACCUCUCAGCCUCCUGCACUCCAAGCCAGGCAAGCACACGAAGGCCUCUGGGAAGCCACUGCUGUUCCUGAGCAACCCUGGAGGGCAGAAGGAUCCUGUCCCUGAAGCCUCUGGGCCUGGCCCUGUGACUGCUGACCCCACUCCCAAGGCCUCUGUCCCUGACCCUAAGGCCUCUGGUACCAACCCUGAGACCUCUGUCCUUGCCUCAGAGGUCACUGUCCCUGACCCCGAUCCCCCAACUAAGUCCCUAGCGGGCCCCUCCACAGAGAGAGACUUCACUGUGGACUUUGAGAAGAUUUACAAAUACCUAUCCUUCUCCUCCAGAGGCGUCCAUGGCCCUGAGCUCACAGCAGCUGAGUCAGCUGUGGUCCUUGACCUGCUAAUGUCACUCCCAGAGGAGCUGACUCACCUGCCUUGCACAGCCUUGGUGGAGCAUAUGACCAAAACAUAUACUCAACUGACGGCCCCCCAGACCUCUCUCUCUAGUCAGAAGAGCCCCAGGCCUGGGACUGAAGAUGGAGGGGCUGGCUCCAAGGGGCCAGAGGAGCCUGACCAAGCCAAUCCCAAACCUCAAGCUUCUGAGCCCAUACAACCAAGGCCAGCCUGGCAAACAGUUGGGAUCUGCCCACUGAACCCAUUCCUGGUACCCCUGGAGCUCUUGGGCCAGGUGCCCAGCCCUUCGGGGUGAGGAAUACAGCAAAGCAGAUAUGCUGAUU